AUGCUUAUGGACGGAAAACGACGCAAGCCGCAGCUGGACCUGCAAUUUUCGGACGAGGAGGACGUAGUAGAGGACCAGAAGCUACCUAAGAGGCCCAAAGUGACUUUUAAAAAAAUCACAAAAGCAGAUGCGACCCGGUUAAAGGAACGAGAAAGCAGGCAAGAAGAGCAGGAGGUGUCUCUUGGAGCGCAAGAGGUGCCGAACGAGCCUAAAACAAUAGAAUCAUCAACUCAAGUGCCAUCUCUGGCUAGUAUGGCUACUCAGGAACGCAAAAUUAUGGCCGAUGCGUUUCCGGCAGCCGAGAUGGAGGAAACGUCUGAUUUCGAGAACGAUCGCGAGUGGUACACACAGGACGAGGCAGUGUCGCAUCCUAUUUUGGAAUACGAGGAGUACGACGCGAUGGAGCACGACAUAAGGCCUGCUUUCAGGCGCAGAACCGCUGAUUCGUCAGCAGGCCGUUCCCGAUUCGACGAAGAAGGGGCUCCGGACAUUGAUCUCGUUGUCCAUCGUCUAACGCCUCCCUUUCUGGACUCGGCAACCAUCAUGACCAAAAAACUGGAAGUCAUCGAGACGGUACGAGACAAAACAGGAGACUUGUAUAAGUACAGCAAGUUGGGGUCUGCGCUAGUCAACGAGCGUCGAGCGAACAAAGAUCGGAAAAAAGGUGCCAAGGAUGCUGCAAGCAUGAACAAUUCUCGUCUGGCAAAGAUUUUGGGCGGGAAGGAAAACGCUGGCGACGCCUCUGAGUCCAAGGAGGGUGGCACAUUUCUGGACGACCAGACGUACGGCCGCCAAGCGAUAUUGCAGCAGAGAAAAAGAUUACCAGCAUAUCAGGCACGCUCCGAGCUGAUGAAGGUGGUAGCCGAGAACCAGGUUCUUGUGGUGAUUGGAGAAACCGGAUCAGGAAAAACGACACAGAUUCCCCAGUUUCUGUACGACGAAGGCUACUGUAGGUACGGCGGGCUCGUUGGCGUCACACAGCCUCGAAGAGUGGCUGCGCUUUCGGUGUCAAAAAGAGUGAGCGAAGAGAUGGGAGUUAGACUUGGACAGGAGGUUGGAUACACGAUCCGGUUCGAGGACCGCACCUCUUCUCAAACGCGCGUUAAAUUUAUGACGGACGGUAUCCUGCUUCGUGAAGCACUGAUGGAUCCGGAGCUCGAUAAGUAUUCCUGCAUUGUGAUGGACGAAGCCCACGAACGGUCUCUGAAUACAGAUAUUCUGCUCGGUCUGUUCAAGAGAAUACUUACUCGCCGCAGAGACCUCAAAUUAAUCAUUACCUCGGCCACUAUGAACGCUUUCAAGUUCUCCAGAUUUUUUGGCAACGCAGAGCAGUUUACCAUUCCAGGCAGAACGUACCCCGUCGAUGUGAUGUUUUCGGCUAUUGCCGUUCAGGACUAUGUUGCCAGUGCCGUGAAGCAGAUAAUCAGGCUGCACCUCCGCAGCGAACCUGGCGAUAUUUUGUGUUUCAUGACCGGUCAGGAGGAUAUUGAGACGACCUGCGAGGAGCUCGACAAGGAGCUAACGGAUCUGAUGAAGGCCGAUGAGACUCUCGAGCCGUUGGAGAUCCUGCCCAUAUAUUCCACCCUGCCGGCAGAUUUACAGGCUAAAAUCUUCAGAAAAUCGAAGUUCAGAAAAUGCGUGGUGGCAACCAACAUCGCCGAGACAUCCUUGACUGUUGACGGUAUACGGUUUGUGGUGGACACAGGGCUGAUGAAAUUGAAGGUAUACAAUCCGAAGCUGGGCAUGGACACGCUGCAGAUCACGCCAAUAUCACUGGCGCAGGCGAACCAGAGGUCUGGAAGAGCUGGUAGAACAGGCCCUGGACUGUGCUACCGGCUCUACACUCAGUAUGCUGCCACAAAUGAGAUGUUUGCUGAGCCGAUUCCCGAAAUACAGCGCACUAAUCUGAGCAACACCAUCCUGCUCCUCAAAUAUUUGCAGGUGGAAGACUUGUCAAAAUUCCCGUUCCUGGAUAGGCCUCCUAUUGAGACCAUAAACACGGCCCAGUACGAUCUUUGGUGUCUGGGAGCCUUGGACAACUUUGGGAGGCUGACCGCAUUAGGAAAAAAGAUGUCGAACUUUCCGAUCGAUCCUGCUCUUUCCAGACUCCUGAUUAUUUCGUCGUUCAAGCAAUUCCAGUGCUCUAAAGAGGUCAUCACUAUUGUGGCCAUGCUUUCGAUUCCGCCUAUAUUUAUAAGGCCGAUGCAUGACGCAGCAUUGCAGAGACGUUCAGACUCCAUCCGAGAGAAGUUUCAGGUUGCUGAGAGCGACCAUUUGACGCUGGUGAAUAUUUUCAACCUGUUCAGGUCAAAUGGUUGCAAAGAAAGCUGGUGUACUAAGAAUUUUCUGCAAUAUAAGUCGCUUCGACGCGCAGUGGAGAUUCAUUCGCAGUUGAGCCAGAUCAUGAAAUCACAGAAACUAGCAAUUCUCAGCAACCCGAACUGGGAUGUGAUCAGAAAGUGUUUGUGUGCUUCCUUCUUCCACCAGGCAGCUCAGUUCAAGAAGCAUGGAGAGUACGUUAACUUGCGGACCGGACUGCAGAUGAGACUGCACCCGACGGCUUCUCUCUACGGCAUGGGCGACCUGCCCAAAUACGUGAUUUACCAUGAGCUCUUAUUAACCGGUCGCGAGUACAUGAACUACGUUACGGCAGUCGAUGGAGAGUGGUUGUGCGAAUUCGGCGAGAUUUUUUAUGCUGUUAAAGAGAAAGGCCUCACAUCCAGAGAAAACCAGGCCCGCAAGGAGCGUGACUUUACAAGGCUCAUCGAGGAGCAACGCAAACUUAUUUCGUGA